AUAGACGUAAAGCCAGGUAAGGAGGGUGAAUUAAAAGAAAAGGAAGGGAAGUUAGGAGUUAGGAUUUCAAGAUUACGCAAAGUAUCGUGCUCACCUCUUUUCUGGAAGAACGUGAACGAACAUCGGACCUUUCUUUUUCCUUCUUUUUUCUUCCCUCUUCUUCUUCUCUCUAUCUCUUCCCAUCUAUUUCUUUCUCCUCUUCAUCUUCGAUUCAGAUUCAUUUCAGACAGAUAUCAGAUGGGCAUAUGGUGCAUUCUUACUCUCUGAAUUUCUCCUUUUUGAUAAUUGUAUACAUGAUGUUUAGUGAUGAGGUUUAUCCAUGGCGAAAGUUGGCAGGGUGAGACGUCUCAAAUACAGAUGCCGCAGUGGCAAAGAGGAACGAUUGGGAAUUUCGCCCUGCUCCCACAAGAUCUUCAAGGACCUCAAGAAACCCUCUAAUUUAGAGAAGAAAGACUGGGAGGAUGCGACUUGCUCGGUUUGCAUGGAGUCCCCGCACAAUGCUGUUCUUUUGCUCUGUUCUUCGUAUAACAAAGGCUGUCGUCCGUACAUGUGUGCCACUGGCUAUCGUUUCUCGAAUUGUCUUGAGCAGUAUAAGAAAGCAUACUCAAAAGCGACUUCAGGUGUGAACAGUCUUGGCCUGAAUUCUGGCUUACCUGAGGAAAAAAAGGAAGUGUCUGAGCUUUUGUGUCCCCUCUGCCGUGGGCAGGUGAAAGGUUGGACCCUGGUUGAGCCAGCUCGGAAAUAUCUAAACAAGAAAAAACGGUCAUGCAUGCAGGAGAAGUGCUCCUUUGUUGGUACUUACAAACAGCUAAAGAAGCAUGUCAAAAACGAUCAUCCUUGUGCACGGCCAAGAGAAGUGGACCCGUCCCUUGAAGAGAAAUGGAAAAGCUUGGAGAGGGAGAGAGAGUUGAAUGAUGUCAUGAGCACCUUUUCACCAGGUACGAUUGUUUUGGGGGACUAUGUUAUAGAUUCGAACUUUAACCCCUUUAUUAGGGAUUUUGAUAUGGAUUUAGACGACUUGUUGGGUGAUGAUUUGGGGACUUAUGGGGCAAAUAGAAUCAGGAGUGGUGGGUUUCAGUUGCACAGGACUCCUGGGAGAGGUUAUGAUUCUUAUAGCGAUGAAGAUGAAGAAGAAGAUGAUGAUGAUGUGGGAAUUCGCCAAGCAGGCUUUGGUAGAGGAGACGAUCUGGUUCCGUUAAGCCGCCAUCAUCGAAGAAUGUUCUUUCUUGGAAGGUCUAGACGAAGAAGAAGACGCGAAUGAUAUUUGUACAAAAUAAGAAGCUUUUUAUGGUUUGCCUCCCAAACAAAACAAACCCCUAUUAAGUGGUUUUUAGUGCUUAAUUUAUAUUUACAGUGGUUUGGGGGCCGCAUCUUCCAAGGCAGUGUUGAUGCAAGUUGUAGUCAAUCUUUUUCUUUGUUCAUUAAAGAUGGUCGAUUUGGACAUAUUCUGAUUUUAGAUACAGGUUUACGAAUUUAUCUCAUGAUUUCAUAAAAUGUAGGGAUAGACCUGAACUAAAAAACCUUCACUUUGGUACCGGUGCUGCCAUGUUUGGCGGAGCUCAUUUCAAUGCUUGUUGUGCAUAGUAAACCUUCACCCUUUAGGAUUAAUCUUUCAGGUACAUUUGAUUCUCUCUCAACAAACUCAACGCUAAAUUUAUUCUCACCAUUCAUUGUUUGUACCGGUGAAGUAGGCGUUAUUGCUCGUUCUUCAUGUUUAUAUUGUAACUGUAAAUUGAAUUCAGAUCAUAUAUUCUGAUGCAUAAUUUGUUCUUAACUUGGAGGCUAAACAUUUCCGGAAAUUCAACUCUCUUUUUGUUUUGGAAUCCAAUUUAUAAUGCAAAACUUGAUUGGAAUAAUAAUUCUUUUCUUUG